GCUAGUUCUCCCACUAUACCAUCUCCAGAUGUUCCUAAUUCCUCUCCUAUUGCCUCACCUAAUUCCUACACUAUUCUUGUGUCUACAUCUUGCACAUCCAUGUUCCCUACAUGUCCACCACGUGUGCUAGCUCCUUCUCCACUUGCUGCAUCGGGCAAUCCGAUUGUUGCCAUUUCAUCACCAGCUACUCAUGAUCUUUCUAGUCAUGCAGGUGACCCUAUUGCUACCUCGUCUCUUAUUGAAGCUGUUGAAGUUCCUGUUGUUAGUUCCUCCAUUUCAUCCGAUCAUGCUGUGAAUCAUGGUGCUAGAAGUCAUUCCAUGGUCACACGGUCACAAGAUGGCACCUGUAAGGUCCGUGUGUUACCUUCUUUGCUUGCUACUAAUUGUGCUUUGCAAGAGCCUCAUAAUUUUAAAGAAGCUAGUCAAGAUCCGAAUUGGUGCACUGUAAUGGCGGAGGAAUUUUCAGCUCUUCUUCGGAAUAACACUUGGAGUCUGGUUCCACAUCCUUCUAAUGCUAAUAUUGUUGGGUCGAAAUGGGUCUAUCGCAUUAAACAGAGAGCCAAUGGCAGUGUUGAAAGAUUAAAGGCAUGUCUUGUUGCUCAAGGUUACAUGCAGCAGCCAACUCAUCCAGAUUAUGUAUGUAAGUUACAGAAAGCACUUUAUGGCUUGAAGCAGGCUCCACGUGCAAGUUUGAUGGCUUAUCUUCUUCUUUACGUGGAUGACAUUAUUCUCACUGCUUCAUCGACGCUUUUGUUGGCCUCCACACCUUUGAGUCCAAAGCUGAAGAUAACUGCUGAUGGUGGUGCUUUGUAUCAUGACUCUUCUUUGUAUCGGAGCAUUGUUGGUGCUCUUCAGUACCUUACCUUUACUCGGCUUGAUAUUGCCUUUGCAAUGAGUCAAGUUUGUCAGUUUAUGCAUAAGCCUACUACUUUUCAUUUUCAAGCUGUGAAAUGGAUCUUACGUUAUUUGAAAGGUACCAUGGACUAUGGUUUACAGCUCUAUUGUCAUUCUUCACUUUCUUUGCAUAUGUUUACAGAUGCAGAUUGGGCAGGUUGUAUUGAUACUCGACAAUCUGUUUCUGGUUAUUGCCUAUUUUUGGGUAAUUCUCUUAUUUCUUGGUCAUCCAAGAAACAACACACCGUUGCUCGUUCUAGUACGGAGGUUGAGUAUCAUGCUCUUGCUAAUGCUGCUGCUGAGGUGUUAUGGGUUCGCCAAUUACUCUUUAAGCUUUAUACUUUUCUUCCUACAGCCCCAGUGUUCUUUUGUGACAAUUUUAGUGCUAUAUAUCUGUCUAUUAAUCCUAUUCAACAUCAGAGAACUAAGAAUAUUGAGAUUGAUAUUCAUUUUGUGCAUGAGAAGAUUACUUUUGGGCUUCUAUCUGUUCGGCAUGUUUCUUCUUAUUUCCAAUGUGCAAACAUCUUGACUAGGGCUCUUUCUCUGCCUUUGUUUCAUACUCAGAGCCAAUUUGAACGUGCAUUGUAUGCCCGCUCAAAUUAAGGGGGGAUGAUAAUAUAUAUGUGUACAAAGGGUAGUUAAGGUAUUCCACAAUAUAUCACACACACACACACACACACAUAUAUAUAUAUAUAUACUCUUUUACAAUAAUGAAAACCCUAAGGCAUUAUCUUCUACACUUAGGACAGGUUAGAAAAACCUAUAAAAGUUAAACAAAUUA